UAUCAAAGAGAAUUUGUUAUAAUAACACUAUUCUGAUUUUUUUUAACUCUUAUUUACUCUCUUCGAAUCAUUUACCAGUGCCGUCUUAAAUUUUUCUUUACUUACUUCGCUAAAGAAGUGAAAGGAAUAUAUUUCAUCAAAGGCAAUAGAAUAUAUUGACCAAUAUAUAUUUCAUGAAUGCUCAAGAAGGCGAAAACCCUUUCACCAACUUUGAAGAUACUGUAGACGCUACUGAAGAUGUUCAAGAUUGGCGCUUUCUGUCCAAUGUAAAAGUAGAACAAGGCAACUAUACAAUCCCUAAAAGAGGAGAAAAAGAUUUCGAGCCAGAUGGAACACUGAAGCAAGAGGGAGUGUUGGAAGUCAGCCGUAAGGCUAUGUACGAUGCCUUGUCAGUAGAGAGACUUAUUUCUUUCAAGCAUGUUAUUAUUGGCGUGUGGAAUUGUGAGAAGAAGAUGGCUUGCGUUGAGAAAGUGCAUGGACCAUUUUUUAAAACGAUGGGCCAAGGUGAUUCAAAAAAUCGUGUGUGGUUACUCCCUGAAGAAACAUUAUAUUUGGUUGAACGAGGAUCAAUGGAAUGCUGGACAUCACAGGGUGUUCCUAUGAGUCUUCAGUCCCUCUACACAGCAACUAUACCAUCUUGUGGCUCAUUAGAGAAUUAUCUUGUAUAUGCUCAUCUGCGAAGAUGCGGAUUUUCGGUUGUGCGAUCUCAGCAAGUUGAAAGAAACUAUGAUAAUUUAUCUAAGUCUACAGAAAGCGCAAGAGUUUGGUUGUGGAGUCUUGGGAUGAAGAAAGCACUGUCUGCUUUCCAUUAUUUGAGCUUUAUAAAGCUUUGGCGACCAAAGUUUACGAAAGGGUACGGUCUUUUACCGAAUCGAACAUACAGAGAUUUUAAACAAAUAUAUGAAGAUAUCCAAAUAAUUUCUGGGUACUCUCCAAAGCCACACAGUCUUGAAGAAACACCCGCUGCGCCUUUUCAUUUAACUUUUGAUGUAUAUAAACCAACCGAAAUUUUCAAAAAAUCAGCCCUAAAAGAACCUGAUUUUAGAAUCUGCGUCGUUGACGCUCAAAAUACAAAAGUUCCGACGUGUAUGCAACUAAACAGUCUCUUCGGCAUAGUCCCUGUUCAAGAAAACCCGUCGAGGCAUAUGAUGCAAAAACUGAAGGAAGGGAAAAGGAAUAUUAUUUUUGCUGUUGUCGAUUAUGGGGUCAUUAGUUAUGUUCGAUUUUCUGAUGUGGAUAUGAAUGAAAAAUUAUUCCUUGAACCACCAAAAAGACGUGGAAAGGGAGACGUAAAGAAAAAUGGAUUAAAAGGUACCAAUCAUAAAGGGAAUUGAAGGGAAAAUCUAAACCCUAAGACACUGGUGGUUUAGGUCAUAUUAUGAACUAUAAACUCAUAAGUUGAGUCUUUCUCCUUACAAGAUAUCUACAUUUAUUUAGUUUGUUUCUUAGGAAUAUGUCUUUUACUAUGACUUCGACGAAUGCACGUUUCCGAUCGCCAGAAGGGUCGAUCAUUCUAUGUUUCGAAUCAAUAACUUACAAGGUAAAGCGGUUCCCAUUCAGAUAAGGAAUAGAAUGGGAUCAUCUAUCAAAAGUCAUCUAAUAGAAGUACCUCUACAUUUUAUAAAGCAGGUUGAUUCCUAUUUACCAUGCCCAUUUUAUAAGCGGUGUCUGAGAGCUGGUCAGAGGUAUUUAUUUAUUUUUUUUUUUACAUCUACGGGAUGGUGCAUCUUAUUUAUUAGGGCUAUUGAGCUAUUCACAAUUUGUAGUUUGCAGUAAACAAUCUCUAUAUUUGUCGAUCAGCAGAAAUCGUAGACAAUUUGGAGCAUUCACUUACAAACCUAAUAAAUACAACUUUAACUGGUCCUGUUAUUUAAGGGCCUUAAUUUACUUCUUUCGCUUACUGGUACUUCAUUUUCUUUCUUUUUAAAUAUAAUUAUAUUUACGAGCCGA